AUGAAACAAGCGAAAUCAAAAGGUAACAAGAGAGAAGUGAAGCGUGGAAGAAAGUGUACAAGAAGAGAACAGCUGCAGAGGCACUUGAAGUUCAGUGAGGGACCAAGUAAUUUCAAGAAACGAAUGAAAAGAAGGCCUGCAGUGGCUCAUAAUAAUUUGAGGACCGUUACCCUCUGGAACGGUGUGACAGAGGAGGCGAUAGAAUCUCGUCCAGGUAUAGGUCAAACACUCGAUGGAAAGGCGGAAGAAAAGGGGAAAGCGAUUGCUCGAGUCGAGAUAGACGUUUCAGACCCGCCCAGCAAUGAUCCCGAACUUCCUCAUCUGGUCAGUGAGCCUCCUCUGGAAUGUGUCGAGCUUAUCAUGAACGAUGUCUCAGAAGCGCCUCCUCCAAUAUCCAUGUCUGAAGAAUUAGAUGUAAGGAAAAAGAUCUUGACUGAAACGACAAAUUUAGAAAUAGACGAUAUCGAAAAGAUUACAAUGUUCCACCAAAUGCUCUGCAGGGCUUAUAAUGAUGUUAUCGAUUAUACCAAAUUUCUUUGGAAAUUUCUCGAAGGGCAACCGGACUCCCUUGAUUUGGUUGAACAGUGUUGGGAAGACCUUCUCUCAACCAAAGAUCUUUUUGAAGACGAUGGUAAGGAUGAAGAGACUCUACUUUCACCAGUGGUAAGCAUGAGAAGAUUUUAUCAAGCUUUCAUAUCCUUUGGAGAGAUUUGGAAAACGAUAUUAGACGAGAAUUGGGGAAAUCUAGAGACUCCGUUGCAAAGGGUCGUGGCGAUGAGCGAUUUACAAUCUAUCAUGAAGUCAAUUGAGCCUCGAUGUGACAAUCGUGAUUUCGAUAAAUUUGGCUGUCGUUAUCCUGACGGGAAACUCCAGCCUGUGGAGAAUUUACCGACUGAGAAUUGUCAUACAAUCAAGAGGGUCCAACUGUUUCAAAUGGAACCGCCAGAUAAAAAGAGCAAGUUGGUGGAUGAACGUGCAUGCAUAUGGAUUAAGAAGCUCACGGGAUGCCCUUGUGGGACGUGGUGUGCAGGACCUUCACGAAGUUCAUGA